AUGAUGACAUCCAAAGAGGUGGCCAAAUGUGAUGCAGUGGAAAACAGGAGGCGAAGUCCGCUGGACCACUUGCCGCCUCCUGCCAACUCCAACAAGCCGCUGACCCCCUUCAGCAUCGAGGACAUCCUGAACAAGCCGUCUGUGAAACGAAGCUACACAAUUUGCGGCACGGCUCAUCUAAUUUCGUCCUCUGAGAAGCACCGUCCGUCCAGCAUCCCCCUGUCCAGCCGGGCGCUCCUCACCCAGACCUCCCCGCUCUGCGCGCUGGAGGAGCUGGCCAGCAAGACCUUCAAGGGGCUGGAAGUCAGCGUUUUACAGGCUGCAGAAGGCCGGGACGGGAUGACUCUGUUCGGCCAGAGAACCACCCCGAAGAAGCGUCGGAAGUCUCGGACGGCGUUCACCAAUCACCAAAUCUACGAGCUGGAGAAGCGCUUCCUGUACCAGAAGUACCUGUCCCCCGCCGACCGGGACCAGAUCGCGCAGCAGCUGGGCCUGACGAACGCGCAGGUCAUCACGUGGUUUCAGAACCGGAGGGCCAAGCUAAAGCGGGACUUGGAGGAGAUGAAGGCCGACGUGGAGUCGGCCAAGGCCAUAGGCCAGGUCCCCUUGGACAAGCUCGCCAAGCUGGCGGACCUGGAGAAAUGCGCCAACGGCACGCUGGGCCACCCGCGAGCCGAGUCCCCCGCGCGGGGCGGCCAGCAGGAGCACGAGCUCGCUCAGAAACUGCGGACGUCCCCGCUGUCUCCGUUCUCAGACCACACAACUAGUAAAGAGUGCUCGGAGGACGAGGACGUGGAGAUUGAUGUGGAUGACUGA